AUGGUCGGUGCAUCUCCCUCCAUCGCCUCGCAUGCUACCACUGUCUCCCAAUAUGAUAUCUCGCAGUGGGAGAGAGCCACAUACUACAACGGAAUCUCUUACGACCCUCCUGACCUCCUCUACUGCUCGGAUCUCAUCGAAAUCCCCAUCCCCACCCCCAAGGGCAGAUACCGGUACUCCCCCUAUCAAGACCCUCGGAUGAUUCGUUACUCAGCCAUCCAGACAGCUCGUUUCCUCACCCAUGACGAGGAUGGGAAGGAUACUCUCGGUCCCAACGCACACAACGCUUCCCAAGACAUUCUCGCUCUUCUUGAGGACAAUGGAGUCAAGGGUGUGGUAGUCGAAUGGUACGAGGGAGCUGUAGAGAGACUGUCAGGUCUACCCCUUCUGCACGUCACCAGCAAAAUUGACCCCACCCACUGCGUCUGUCACUUCCUGACUGUUGUGCUCGGCAUGCCCAUUGCUUCUGUGGAGAGGGAGGCUGCCGACACUCAGGGGAGUGUUGCACUGUUCUUCCAUGAGAACAAGGACAACGAUGGCAACCCUAGCGCCAAGGUCUUCGCCAUUACCAACUGCCACGUUCUCCACGAGGACACCACCAUCACGUAUGAGUUCAAGGGCACUGGCGCACCUCGCCAGCACCAUGGCCUUGACGAAAUCAAGGAUUGCAUCAGUGGCUGUGGAACUAACGCCAACCUUUUGGCUAGGGAGAUUGUGCAGUUGGAGGUGAAGCUGGAGAGCGAUGACCAGGAGCUGGUGGCAGAGGACAAGGCAGAAGUGGAAGCUAAGCGGAAUAAGAUGGCCAAAUUCAAGAAGUAUAUCGGCAUACUCGAAGCCUUCUACAACGAAAUCAAGAGCCACCACGUCCAUUGGGCUCCCGAGAUCUCCGUUGAUGUCCAGAGUUGCAAGUACACCAAAGACAUUUCAAGGUUCAGGGACCAUUUCAAGGGCAACGUCGUCGACUUAGGAGUCAAGUUUAGUCCCUGGCAACUCACCAACAUGUUAUACCCUCAAAGUGGAGGUAGAACGGUGUUCAAGUUCCCCAUCAAUGGCCUGCUCAGGAUCAAUGGUUGGGUCCCGCGUGAGCUCCUGGCUCAUCCCGACUGUUUUGACAGCAACGGCGAGCCUUGCCUCAUUGUCAUGAAGGACGGUAACACCACCGACCUCACGGCCUACCUUUGCAAUGAGUUUGGCAUUGAGUGCCUCGAACUCGCCAUCUACAACUACGAUAGGAACUCCGGCUCGCUCAUCUUCGAUGGCGAGGGCCAUAUGGCUGGUAUUCUACACUCCGGGAUGGGGAAAGACGGGAGCAACCAUGUCACCUACACCACCCCUGCCUGGUGGGCCGUCGAGCAACUCAAGCACCAGUGUCCGCAUGCCGACUUCAACCGCAAGACCUUCUAA